AUUUAGUGACAGGAGCUUUGACUAGCAUUCAGAGAGCUUUACCAAAGCCUAUCUGAAGCCUUGUUGAAGCCUUUUUGAAGCUGAAGCAAGUGUAAAUGAGCCCUAAGGAGAGGGGAGGUUGGCAGGCGGCAUAAACAUGGCUCAAUUGCACAUUUUUUAUGCCCCCCCCUCCACCCCCCAACCGCAAGUCUAAACAAGGCCUUAGUACUACUUUAAAAACCUGUAUCCUCAGAACCCUCAACCUGCAGUUGAUCCAAAUGAUCUUAUUUCCAAGAAACUCAUCUCUUUUAAGUGUAAAUAAAUAAAAAAUUUACUCCAAGGUCCAAGGUGAUUGUUUACUAAAGCUGAGUGACCAAUGUCCUCAAGUAUGCCUUCUAUCUUCACUUUUGUGCGAACUAAUCUCGGAGGCUCUUUAUAAAACUGUUAAAAUAACAUUUGCACAGUUUGCGCCUUCAUUCAGAUCAGUUUCAGCAGCAAGGUUUCGCGUGAUGGAUUUUUAUAUUUUGUCAACAACAAUAACUAUUAUUUGGGAUAUGAUAUCAUAUUAUUUUUAUCUCGCAAGUGCAGGUGUGGUGCUUUCAUUCUGCAUAUUCUGCUCAUAUUGGUGAAAUCAUUAUAUUUUGCACGUGUUUUAGGGAAACUCUGAUGCUUUGUAUUACACGUGAUGCCCUUUGGCUCCCCUCUGUUGAAGCGCUGUCAGAGUUCUCUGUAGUUUGCCCCACGCAAUUCUCUUGUCACAGUGACUAGGAUUUCCUUUCCCAAGUUUUACUAGUGACUCAUUUUAUUAUUACUCUCCAUUCUCUCCUCCCACAUUAGAGACUUAUCCAAUAACCUAGCUUUGGGAUUUGGCCUGAAGAGCAUGCAUGACAAAGCACAAGCAUUUGUUUCUCAGAGAUGCCUUAGCGAGUCACGCACAGCUAUACUGGAGUAGAUACCCUCUGAGCUUGGAUUAUACACGGUACGCCAUCUGUACGGAGAGGCAGCAGGAUUGGCAGGCCGUGCUGAGGAUUGUAUGCGCAGAAUGACUAUUACCAACUGUUUAAGUGUCCAAGACGAAGCAGAAGACUACGCUGUGCACGGCCUCAUAAAGAACCCUGAUGUAAUCCUGUGUUGUCUAAACGAGCUGAUGGAUGAAGAUGAGAAAGAUAGAGCAAAGAGGGCAUCACGGAAUAAAUCAGAGAAAAAAAGAAGAGACCAGUUUAAUGUCCUCAUUAAGGAGCUGUGUACAAUGCUUCAAGGACAUGGGCACCCUCUUAAAAUGGAUAAGUCCACUAUACUGCAAAGGACUAUUGAUUUCCUCCAGAAACAGAAAGAAAUCACAGCACAGACGGAAGCCUGUGAAAUCAGGCAAGACUGGAAACCUUCUUUCCUUAGUAAUGAAGAGUUUACCCAGUUGAUGUUAGAAGCUCUAGAUGGCUUCCUCAUUGCGCUCACCACUGAUGGGAUGAUCAUUUAUGUUUCUGAUAGUGUUUCAUCUCUGCUUGGCCAUUUACCGUCAGAUUUAGUGGACCAAAAUAUAUUGAAUUUUCUGCCGGAGCGAGAACAUGGUGAGGUGUACAAGUUGCUGGCACCACACAUCCUCAUGACGGAACCAAUCACUCCAGAGUUUUUCAACAGCGAAAAACAAGUGGAGUUUUGCUGUCAUUUAGCAAGAGGAAGUCUUGACCCAAAUGAACCUCCAACUUAUGAAUAUGUAAAAUUUGUUGUAGAUUUUAAGUUUUUUACCCAUGUGCCUACAUCUUCAUAUAAUGGUUUUGAGUCGGCUGUUGCAAGGGCAUUUCGGUCAGCCAGUGAAGAACAGAUAUGUCUAGUAGCCACAGUGAGGCUUGUCACUCCACAAUUUCUCAAGGAACUGUGCAAUAUUGAGGAGCCUUGUGAAGAAUUCACAUCAAGACACAGUUUAGAGUGGAAAUUCCUAUUCUUGGACCACAGGGCCCCACCUAUAAUUGGCUACUUACCCUUCGAAGUGCUGGGAACAUCAGGGUAUGAUUACUAUCAUGCAGAUGACCUGGAGCUGCUAGCGAGGUGCCAUGUUCACUUGAUGCAAUAUGGAAAAGGAACUUCCUGUUACUACAGGUUUUUAACCAAAGGACAGCAAUGGAUCUGGCUGCAGACACGCUACUACAUCACUUACCAUCAGUGGAAUUCCAAGCCAGAGUUCAUUGUUUGCACUCACACUGUUGUUAGUUAUGCUGAAGUUCGAGCAGAGAGGAGGAGAGACCUUGGGCUUGAGGAGUCGGCUUUAGAACUGGCGGACCAAUCAGUAAAGAGUCAGAACACUUACUUGGACAUUAGACCGUGUACGAAUAAACAAGAGCCGAGCAGAGAAGGAAUGUCUGUGUCAUCACAUAGCUCUCGUAGAUCAUCUCAUACUGCUCUCUCAGACACUGCAUCAACCUCAUCUAUGAGACCCACAGAGGCCAGCACACCCUCCAGACAGUCCUUAAGUCAAAAGGAUAAACCCCAGAUGAGACUGGCACCCAGUGCAAACCAGGCUGUAGCACCUGCUCAAUCUGAACAUCUAACACAGCAUCAUGUUGUUCAACCAACUGUUUCACCACAGCAACCUAUCUUGCCAGUGUAUCCCUACCCAGCCCAGUUGGGAAUGGUGAACCAGCUAAAGGAGCAGUUGGAGGAGAGAACACGGAUAUUACAAGCAGACAUCAAAACUCAGCAGGAAGAGCUUCAUGUUAUCAAAGAACAGCUACAGCUAGUGCAAGACUCAAAUCUUCAGAUGUUGAUGCAACAGCCAAUCCCUCCUGGAUUUAAUAAUAAUGUUCAGCAGACAGACCCAAGGAGGGUGUCCCGCCAGCAGAAUGUGGUCUCCAUGCAAGGUCUAGAAAUGGGAAAGAGUUCAAAACGUUUUUGUGCAUCUCAAAUACCCACGAGUCACCAGUAUGCGACCACCAGUCAGAAUACAACACACCAGCAACACUCCCAACCUCCGCAUCAACAAGUACAACCACAAGCACAACAACACCAGCAUCCACAAGUACAGCAACACCAGCAAGUACAACAAACACUACAGCACCAGCAACAACUGCACCAGCUGCAACAGCAGCAGCAUCAACAGCAGUUACAGAAACAGCAACUGCACAAACAGCAGCAGCUACAGAAACACCAGCAACAGCUACAAAGGCAUCAUCGGGUAAUGAGCGUAAAUCAGACACAGCAGACAACUAUGUCUUUACAGACUCAUGGUAACAUUGUGAUGCCACUGUACAACAAUACAAUGAUGUUUUCACAAGCUCACCCUUCUGCUGCCUCCUCAAGGAUUUCCACUGAAACUGGGGACAGACCACAACCACCUGAAUAUGGCCAGCAUCUGAGGUUUGUCCAGGAUCCUCACUUAUUACAGAUGCAGCCAGUCACUUCCAACAACAACAGCAACACAGUGAUUUCCUCUCAUUCUGCCCCAGUCUAUAGCCCCUCUGUCAUGAUCCCUCAGUCCAGGUUUACCCAACAGCAGACCCAUCCAGCAGUUCACCUACAACACUGCCAACAGCAACCGGUCCAGCCACAUCUGUAUCUUCAGAUGCAGACGUCUGAUUCAAUGCAAACAGGCCAGUCUCAACAGAUUUACCAGCAACCUCACAUUCCUCAGCCGAACGCCAUGGGUUAUUUUCUGCAUCCUCAGCAGCAAAGUCAGUCUGGAAGCCUGUCUGACUUAUCUGAGAUGCAGCUCCCGUAAUGCACCAAGAUGGAAGAAGAGCUCUUGGACUAUAGUUGUACAACAGUAAUGCAUACUAAAGGGCCAUGAGAAGCCCAAUGUCUAUAGCACUUCCGGCCCUCUGAAGAAGCCCUCACAGCUAGAAGUGAUCAUGAAAGCACUAAGACUGAAAGAUGAGGGCCAAAACAGAAUGGAGCAGGGAUAAAGCAAGAAGCCCAUUUUGAUGAUACAAUAGAUUUCCAGCUGCCUUUAAGUAGAACAAAGAUUUUCUAUGAGUUCUUAAGUUAUAAAUAAGUACACCAAAGUGUUUGUCAGGGGCUACGUAUGAAUCUGCCAAAGUUCAGACAGUGGUCUGAUUUAUGAAGAUCCUUUUCCAAUAAAACAAGUGUAUUAUAUUGUA